AAGAAGAAAAGAGGGAGCGAAACAUGAGAGGCUGUGUGAGAAGCUGCAGCCGCCGGCAGAGGAGACCUCAGCAUCCUCCGGAGCCCCGCGCGCUCCCGGGCUCCGCCUGCCCCGCCGCCGCCGCCGCCGCCGCCGCCUUCUCCUCCGUGCCUGCUACUGUCUCACCUAAACAGCUCCCGUUGCACGGACAAGUGAACCUCUGUGAACGUCUCCUCUUCUUUCUUCUCCUCUUCCCACUCGUUCUCCUCCUCCCACUUCCCAGGCGCAGCGGAAAGCCCCUAACCCAACUGACACUGGCACAACUGCAGACGGUGUCAUCUGCACAACUUUAUCUGGCUGCUCGGGCUCCUCCAAGGCGCUGGACCCAUCGCCUCGUCUUUUAUUUUUUAUCUUUUGCAAAGUUGCAUCGCUCUACAUAUUUUCGCCCCCGCCACCUCCCUCCGGCUCGCGAGUGUCCCACCGCCCCGCAGCCUCCUCCGGGAGCUGCGCCCCAGGGGCCCAGUGGGCAGUGGGUCCCCCACCCUCCCGCGCCCCCCUGCUGCUCGCGGCAGACGAUGCUGAAGAUGCUGUCCUUUAAGCUGCUGCUGCUGGCCGUGGCCCUGGGCUUCUUCGAAGGAGAUGCUAAGCUCGGGGAAAGGAGCGAGGGGAGCGGCGUGAGGAGGAGAAGGUGCCUAAACGGGAGCCCCCCAAAGCGCCUGAAAAGGAGAGACAGGCGGAUGAUGUCCCAGCUGGAGCUGCUGAGUGGAGGAGAGGUGCCGUGCGGUGGCUUCUACCCUCGGCUGUCCUGCUGCCUGCGAAGUGACAGCCCGGGGCUGGGGCGCCUGGAGAACAAGAUAUUUUCUGUUACCAACAACUCAGAAUGUGAGAAGUUACUGGAGGAAAUCAAGUGUGCAUUUUGCUCUCCUCAUUCUCAGAGCCUUUUCCACUCACCUGAGAGAGAAGUCCUGGAAAGAGAUCUAGUACUUCCCCUCCUCUGCAAAGACUAUUGCAAAGAAUUCUUUUAUACCUGCCGGAGCCACAUUCCAGGUUUUCUUCAAACAACUGCUGAUGAGUUUUGCUCUUACUAUGCAAGAAAAGAUGGUGGGUUGUGCUUUCCAGAUUUUCCAAGAAAACAAAUCAGAGGACCAGCGUCUAACUCCUUGGACCAGAUGGAAGAAUAUGACAAAGCGGAAGAGAUCAGCAGAAAACACAAACACAACUGCUUCUGUGUCCAGGAGGUUGUGAGCGGGCUACGGCAGCCUGUUGGGGCCAUGCACAGUGGGGACGGCUCACACCGGCUCUUUAUCCUGGAAAAGGAAGGCUAUGUGAAGAUACUCACCCCGGAGGGAGAAAUAUUCAAGGAGCCUUAUUUGGACAUUCACAAACUUGUUCAAAGUGGAAUAAAGGGAGGAGAUGAAAGAGGACUGCUAAGCCUUGCAUUCCAUCCCAAUUACAAGAAAAAUGGAAAGCUGUAUGUGUCUUAUACCACCAACCAAGAGCGGUGGGCUAUUGGACCUCAUGACCACAUUCUUAGGGUUGUGGAAUACACAGUAUCCAGGAAAAAUCCCCAUCAGGUUGAUCUGAGAACAGCCAGAGUGUUUCUUGAAGUUGCAGAGCUCCAUAGAAAACAUCUAGGGGGACAACUGUUCUUUGGUCCUGACGGCUUUUUGUACAUCAUUCUCGGGGAUGGGAUGAUCACCCUGGACGAUAUGGAAGAAAUGGAUGGGUUAAGUGAUUUCACAGGCUCGGUGCUACGGCUGGAUGUGGACACAGACAUGUGCAUUGUUCCUUACUCCAUCCCACAAAGCAACCCACACUUCAACAGCACCAACCAGCCUCCAGAAGUGUUUGCCUAUGGGCUCCACGACCCAGGCAGAUGUGCCGUGGACCGACAUCCCACUGAUAUAAACAUCAAUUUAACAAUACUUUGUUCAGAUUCCAAUGGAAAAAACAGAUCGGCCAGAAUCCUACAGAUAAUAAAGGGAAAAGAUUAUGAAAGUGAGCCAUCACUUUUAGAAUUCAAGCCAUUCAGUAAUGGUCCUUUGGUUGGUGGAUUUGUUUACCGAGGCUGCCAAUCUGAAAGACUGUAUGGAAGCUACGUGUUUGGAGACCGCAAUGGGAAUUUCUUAACUCUUCAGCAAAGUCCUGUGAGCAAGCAAUGGCAAGAAAAGCCACUGUGCCUUGGCACGAGUGGUUCCUGUAGAGGCUACUUUUCGGGGCACAUCUUGGGAUUUGGAGAAGAUGAAUUAGGUGAAGUCUACAUUUUAUCAAGCAGUAAAAGUAUGACCCAGACUCACAAUGGAAAACUCUACAAAAUUGUGGAUCCCAAAAGACCUUUACUGCCUGAGGAAUGCAGAGCCACGGUACAACCUGCACAGACCCUGAGCUCAGAGUGUGCCCGGCUCUGUCGGAACGGCUACUGCACCCCAACGGGCACCUGCUGCUGCAGUCCAGGCUGGGAGGGUGACUUCUGCAGAAUCGCCACAGACCCCUGGACAAAUGCAUUUGAAAAUGUGAAAGUGACCCUGACCCCUCAAAGUAUAAGGCAAAGUAUUCAAGCAAAAUGUGAGCCAGCAUGUCAUCACGGCGGUGUCUGUGUUAGACCAAACAAGUGUCUCUGUAAAAAAGGAUAUCUUGGUCUUCAGUGUGAACAAGUGGACAGAAACAUCCGCAGAGUGACCAGGGCAGGUAUUCUUGAUCAGAUCAUUGACAUGACAUCUUAUUUGCUGGAUCUAACAAGUUACAUUGUAUAGUUUCCGGGACUGUUUAAAUAUUCCUACCAAUGGGCAUUUAUUUUUUAUCCUGUCAUUAAAAAAAAAAAAAAAAGACUGCUCUCCUGUUACACACUCCUGUGAUUUCAUUUUACUUUAUUAACUUAAAAAUAAUUUUCGGAAAUGUACAGAUCCUCCAUGUGUAUGUUGGUAUGUCUGUUCACACAUGCACAUACACACCCCACUCACAACCCCUAUAGGUGUGGUUGCAAAGCAGAUGGGUUUUUAAAAUAUAUGUACUUCAUUGUACAGAGCCAUUUACACAGAAAUUCCACUGUACAUUGAUAACGAAUUUUUAUGUUUCCAGAAGAGAUUAUUUGACUUCCCAAGAAUUUUCUGUCUGUAACUACUAAAGGCACCAUUAAUGGAGUUUUGAAACACUACUGUGCAAUGUGAUGGAUCUAAUAAAAAAGCAAUAUUUUUAUAUGAAAGGACUAUAUGAGAGAAUGUUUCGGAACUCCCUGAUGAAUUUCUAACUGAGCAACUUGAUAGAAAAUUGUAAUCUUCAUUUUUACCAAGGUAUCCAGUCACAGAACGUUACGCACUUACCUUUUGAUUUGGCAGGGCAAUCUGGUGACUUCAGCCUAGUCGCAAGAUUGUUUUUAAAUGUUUUAUAAUUAAAUCAUAACAGCAUAUGUUCAAAUCAAUCCUCCUGAAAGGUCUGCUUUUAUUAUGUAUUUUAUUUAACAGUAGGCACUGGGUUUGUGUUACGUAUUUAUAUUUUUUAUUUUAUUUUUAUAAUAUAGACAUCACCUAGAUGAAACACCUUUAACCUGUCCUGUAAAAUGCUAAAGUUACACUUUGCACCAACUUAAUUGGAAAGAAGGGGAGUGAGAAAGCAAAGAGUCUUUAAUGUGCUGCGGAUCUAAUCUAGCAGUGUUUCCUUUUGCCAACAUGUAAUCAUUAACGACGGAUGAGAAAGCAAGAAAACAGCCAAUUCCCAUAAAAUUCCAGCAUUAAACAUUUGUAAAAUGCCUCUCACCAUAGCAAGACUGUCAGAGUGUAUGCAAUUAGAAUGUUGCAGAUUUCACACUGAAUCAAAACCUCACAGGAGAAGAGCUCACUCGUUUUUAUCCAAGCAUGGUUGUAUAAGUGUCACUUGUACAAAUUUUUAAUAGAAUAAUUCUUGCUGGAUAUGACUUUUAAUGUAUAUGCUGCUCUUUCAGAACACAGUAAAAAUACUAUCGGGUUAAUGUAUCAAUAAAUUUUCUGUAAAAA